UCGGGGGGCGUGGGCACAAACUGGCAGCGGGCGGUUCCAUACAGUUCGCCAAGUCCACGUCCCGGACCUACAGAGACGCGGGAGACGGAGGAGCCGGUUGGCAGGAGCCAGCCCCGGCAGGGCGCCGGCUGCACUGGAAGCAACUCCGUGCCGGCCGGGAGGUGGAGAGGCCGCUCUUCCCGGCCCCCCGGAGAUGCCCCACGUCCCGGGCUGGGCGGCCCCGAGGGCGCCGGAGUAGAGCCCCUUGGCCACCCACUCGAGGGGAGGGGAAGAUGAGCACGCAACUGGACCGCCAGUCCGUCUCCUCGUCCCGCUCCGGCUCGUCCGUGGGGUCGGCGGGGCUCGGGGGCGGCGUCCGGCUGCUGUCGGCCAACGUGAGGAAGCUGCACCACGCCUUGAACCUGCUUCUGAGCGACCCCGAGCGGGAGCAGUUCAUCCACUGCCUGAAUGUGUACCACUCGCGGCGCAACGUGUACGACCUGGUGCAGACCCUGCGCGUGCUGCUCGACAGCCCCGGCAAGCGCCAGCUGCUGCCCAUGCUGCGCCUGGUCAUCCCCCGCUCCGACCAGCUGCUCUUCGACCAGUACACCUCGGAGGGCCCUUACCUUCGGGCGGGUCCGCCGGACGCCGCCGCCCCGAGCCCCCUCGCCGGGCACGGGACCGGGCACGGGGCCUCUGCCCGGCUCCCGCCGCCGCCGCCCUCCCCGUCCCUGGCCGGACGCCCGUCCCAGCUGGACUUCAGCACCGGCCCCGUGGGGACAGCUGUCGCCGGCCUGGCCCCGGACGGGCUGCGCGGUGAGGUCCGGCAGGUGACCCUCAAGAGGAGCCGGACCAACGAGGGGCUGGGCUUCAGCAUCCGCGGCGGCUCGGAGCACGGCGUGGGCAUCUACGUGUCCCUGGUGGAGCCCGGCUCCCUGGCCGAGAAGGAAGGGCUCAGGGUCGGCGACCAGAUCCUAAGGGUCAACGACAAGUCGUUGGGUCGGGUGACACACGCCGAAGCCGUCAAGGCGCUGAAAGGGUCGAAGAAGCUGAUUCUGUCUGUGCACUCCGUGGGUCGCAUCCCGGGCGGCUACGUCACUAACCACAUCUACACGUGGGUUGAUCCACACGGGCGGAGCGUCUCUCCACCCUUGGGACUGCUCCAGCACCCGAACAGCUCCCUGAGGCGACAGGAUGGUGAGAGGAGGAGUGCCCUGCAGCUUCUACAAGAUGGGGAUGAAAAGAAGGUGAACCUGGUACUGAGCGAAGGAAGGUCCCUGGGUCUCAUGAUAAGAGGAGGAGCUGAAUAUGCACUGGGGAUUUACAUCACCGGCGUGGACCAGGGUUCUGAAGCAGAAAGUGGAGGCUUGAAGGUGGGAGACCAAAUUCUGGAGGUGAACGGGAGAAGUUUUCUGAGCAUUCCCCAUGACGACGCUGUGAAGCUGCUAAAAUCAUCGCGGCAUCUCAUCAUGACAGUGAAGGACAUUGGGAGGCUGCCCCAUGCCCACACCACUGUGGAUGAGACCAAGUGGAUUGCCAGCUCCCGGAUUGGAGGGUCUCUGGGGAACUCAGCAGGGAAAACUGGAGCUCUCCUGGCAGAAGGGAUGGGAAAGCCUGUCUUUUACAGGGGGCUGGCUGGGUCACAGGUCACGCUGAGCAGCAUGGUGAACCAGACACGGGUGAUGCUGGAAGAGCAAGCCCGACACCUGCUGAACGAGCAGGAGAGGGCCACUCUGGCCUACUACCUGGAUGAGUACAAGGAAAACAACAUCCCCGUGGAUGCCCUCGUCAUGGCUUUCUUCGAGCUGCUCAACACCCAUGCUAAGUUUUCCCUGCUGUCUGAGGUCCGAGGGAUUAUCUACCCACACGACCUCGAUCGUUUUGACAACCUGGUGCUGAGGCGGGAGAUCGAGUCCAUGAAGGCCCGGCAGCCCUCCGGCACCGACUCCUACUCGGUUGUGUCCUUCAGUGACACCGGCUCCUCCACCGGCAGCCACGUCACCUCCACUACGGUCAGCUCUGCCCGGGAGCGGCUCUUGUGGCUAAUAGACCUUAUGGAGAACACUUUGGACCUGGAGGAGACGGGAGAGAGGGUCCAAGGCAGUAUGAACGCCCUCCCGGACAUUGCCUUGGAUGAUGUCACCUCUGUGUCUGAGGAGCCACCCAACUUUAAGCCCUCCCCUCCUCCGGCUCAAGGGCCAGACCAGCCAACAAAGCCUGGGAGCGAUGACCCCCUCCAGCGCCCUUCCUCCGGGUCUUCUCAGUCAGGGCUUUUCUUCACAGCCUCCCCGAACCUCACACCGCCCACCAGCCACCCAGAUGGGGACACCACCAGUACCGCCUCCACCGCAGCCACUUCGUCCCCAGAGGAGUCUCCCGCCAGCCCCAUCUAUGCCACUGUUUCUUCAGUCAAGCAGAGCUCCAAGAAGUCACUGGACACCCACCUGUCGGUCAUCAACCAGAAUCCGAUUGGACCGUUCCCCAGGGUCCAGUUUCCAUCCCAACCAAAGAGUGGGUCCCCUGAAGCUCCUCUGGCCAGCAGCCUCCCGAGCCCUCUUCCGGCCCCACCCCCACCUGAGCCGACCAGCCCCCAGUCAGGAACCAAUCAGCACUUUGUCAUGGUGGAGGUGCAUCGGCCCAAUGGGGAACCAGAUGUGAAUGAAGUGAGAUCCCUGCCCCAGGCCAGAGCAGCCGUCCUCCCGCUGUCACCUCCAGCAGCCUCCACGCUCUCCCAGCUGUCUGACAGCGGACAGACACUCAGCGAGGACAGCGGCGUGGACAUCGGGGAGUCGGAGGCCAGCGGCAAAGACAAAGCCCGUCAGCCCAUCUCCAUGAAAGGACGGAGCCCCAGGGAGCCCUUACCAGUCGAGGGGACAGCAGAGGCAGCCUCCAAACCGCCUGGCCUGCUCGAGCCCACGUCGUGUUUGAUCCGGGUGGCCAAGAGUGCAGCCACCCUGGGGAUUGCCAUUGAGGGCGGCGCCAAUACCCGGCAGCCUCUGCCUCGCAUCGUCACCAUUCAGCGCGGUGGUUCUGCCCACAACAGCGGGAAGCUGAAGGUAGGCCACGUGAUCCUGGAGGUGAACGGCACCACUCUGAGGGGGAAGGAGCACCGGGAGGCUGCCCGCAUCAUCGCCGAGGCCUUUAAGAUGAAAGACAAGGAUCAUGUGGACUUCCUGGUCACCGAGUUCAAUGUGAUGCUAUAGGGCAGAUGACCCGGGAGCCAGAACCAAACGAGGAGGGUGGCAGGGGCAGGAAAGCAGGGCUUACAAAGCCAGUUGGUCCCAGGUUCUGAUGAGGCCAGUACCGGCUGAAGUGUGCAUCUGCACAACUCCUUAUCAUCCCGACUCUUCCAUGCACAUCUGCUGAUGUUCCUCCAAGCACAAGCGCGUGCAAACACACCCACACACACACACCCACACCCACACCACCACCGCCCCCGCCCCCCCCUGGCAACAUCUCCUUGCACCUCCCCCAGCCCCUUCCCCUAGGCUGGGCCCUCCAGACCCAGACUCCUUGUGGCAAAGGGCCAGUCACAGUCCAGCCUCCCCCACCCCAAUAUACACCUGGCCAGGACCAGCCUACGUAACCCUGACCAGUGCUCCCCCCUGCCCUGCCCAGGGCCUUCUGGCCUGCAGCACUGACCAAUAAAAGAUGGACUUCUGCCAUUGGAGGCUGAGGGGCCAUAGUUGGAGGCAGGGUCAGAGGCAGAGAGAAGGAGGUGCUUGGCAAGGAAGGAGAGACAGUGGGUCAGGAGCAGUAAAGGAAGGCUUGGAUAGUGUAGACCAAGGCAGAAGAGAGAGUAUGAGCAAAGUCUCAUUCUUCUCCUCCCUCUCCCACCCAGAUCAGCCCACCUAGGGGCCUGGCUUUCCCAGGCCCUUUCCCACUGCUUGCGGAAGGCAGGAUUGGGAUCGGGGUAGCAGGGAGGAAACGGGCCCCGGGGACUCCUGGCUCUGAUCUCCUAUUCUGUGUGGGCAGUCCCCGGGCAUCAUUCACAGAUCUCAGUGCCACAGGCUGGGCAGUAAACAACCCCAGGCCCCAGUCGCCCUCACUGCUCAGAUCAUCGCUCAGUCCUCUGAUUUAGUAGCUCUUUCCCUUCCACUCCACCUAGUGCACAUCCACCAGCCCCGUAUCCCACACCCCUCCCCCU